GUCGCUGGGCGUCCGUCGAGUGCUUCAGUCCUCGUCCGUAACGAACUUUACGCAAAAGAGGAAAUAAAGUGUCGAUGGAGUAAAGGUAAAGCACCAGUAGAUCCUACAUUUUCGCAACUAUAGCAACAACCCCUUCACUUUUCAUUGACGCCUGUGAGAAAUAUAUUGGUUUCUACAUCCGGGAUUAAAAUUUGUCCAACAAGAUUUUAGCUACAAUGAUGGAGGAGGACAAAGUGUGUCGUUUCACUUAAUGUGGAUGUGUGAAGAAUAAAUUAGUUACCUUUGAAGUACUCUUUGUACGAGCCAAUCGAUCAGAUGUAGCAACAGAACGUGUGCGCCAUGGACGUCGUGAAAUAGCCCGGAACUGGACCGGAAUGACAUCUAUGUUUCUCAACAUACCACUGAUAGUGAUCUCUUCAUUGGGCAUUCUCUGCAACGGAUAUAUCGUAACCGCCGUCCUCCUCACCAGACAGGUGACGACUGCUAACAACAUCCUACUGUUGCACCUAGGAGCGAUCGACGUCCUUCUCGGAGUACUAUUUUUGAUAUUCACAGCAGGAUUUUCAAAAUCGGAAUGGCUGACCAACGGCCUUCCGUGUGUUUUCCACGGUUUUUUGUACAACAUGUUGCACCCAUUAGCACUGUGGACUAUCUGCGGCCUCAAUUGUGACAGAUAUUACGCCAUUGCCGCUCCCCUUCAUUAUAGCCACAUCGUCAAUGCCAAAAAGGUCCUAGCGGGUUUGGGCAUCGGCUGGACCAUUUCCCUUUUACUCUGCCUGCCACCUCUCUUCAUGGUAGCACCCUACACAUACAUUCACGGUCUCGAAGCUUGCGCCCCUGAUUUUUCCUUCGGUUCUGGCACUCUCUGGUACUCAACACUCUACACUGCGUUCACUCUUCUUCUUCCUGCCACUCUCAUCAUCUGCUGCAACCUCAAGAUUUUGAUGAUAGCCCGCUACCACCGUCACCGCAUCGCAUCAGCCAUCUACGAAGUAACACUCUCAGCUCAAGUGACAAUAACACACCAAAGAAACCCAUUUUUCGUACCAACAGUGACGGCACAAGGCCCACCAAGAUUUAGAGGACGCAGCGCCAUCUAUUCCGUGCUACAGCUGGUCGGCUCUCUGGCAAUUCUGUAUCUUCCUUACUAUAGUUUAAUCAUAUGGGAAGCUACGAGUAGUUCCUUCGAAAGAAUAUCUAAACCGAAUCAUCCACACUUCUUCACGACUGCCAUGGUGCUGCUCAUUUUUUCACCACCAAUCAAUGGGUUCCUGUACGGAGUGAAAAGCAAGCCGUUGCGGAAGACGUUUAAGAACUACUGGAGGAAGAAGCAGACCAAGAGUGAAGUGAACCAGGAGAUACAGGCGAGGACUCCGUCGACUUGUGGGUCGAGGAGGCCAUCAUUGACUCCGUUGGGGUUUUUAACAAAGCCCACUUUGCAGACACGAUUGUCUGAGGCUCUCUUAGAUGUACAAAAAGCGGUGAACAGUCCACACAAGAACAAAAUUAAAAGAGUACCAACGGAUUUGUCGUGGCGGCCUGGAUCAGCCAACAGUCUGAACCUGCUUUCGAAAGAAGAAGGGAAGAAGAUGAAGCAGACUUCCAGCUGUAACACACUACAGGUUCCUGUGAGCGAUACGGAAAUUUCCGUCAUUACCGAAGACGAAAACAACCAAAUAGCAACUCAAAAAUCUCCAAAUAAACUCAAUCCUGCCAAUCUUUUACUCCACAAGAUCUUCGGUAACUCGGAAACCACCGAGAAGAAGAGCGAAGUUGUCCAAAAUAUCCUCGACGGAACACCGAAGCAUUCCCCUAGAAUCACUAUAACUAGGACCUACUCUGAAGAAAGUGACGCUUCUAGAAGAGACACCAUUACCAGGAAACAUUCCUUGUCUAGUACGACCCUGCUCGAACGCAAAUGGCGGCAGUUGAGGGAGAGUGAGGAGAAGAGCGCCCCCACCACCACAACGAAGCCCUUGUUGGACAACUCAAGCAACGGGAGUGACUCAUCGGAAACUUCCGAAACGUCUAGCGGGAAAAUUUUUAUGGCUUUGGACAACAAGCUCCAAGAGACCAAUGAAAACCAGUUACUAUUGCUCACGUGGCCUCACAGGAGUGGGGACGAGAAGAAGCCUAAGCCGGUUCUGUUGAAGCAGAAAACAAUACAAUCACAUGAUGUUGUUUUGCAUUAGGUUUUGUUAAUUCCUUAGGUAUCUGUCAUAGUUUAUGUGAUGUCUGAAUGUGAUAAUUAGCAAAUUAAUGUGGAACAGUGGAGCGCAGCAAUUAUUUUAUUAUUGUUGGCCGCUUGUUAGUGUCACACCUGUUAUAACGCGAACCAUUAUUAAAAUAUUUAAAUGUCUAAAAACUGUUGACGAGAUUUCGAAGAGGUUUAAAAAUACAUUCCAAAUAAGAGUAUUUCCAACAUGUUUAAAACGGUCAAUAGAUGUAACAAGUGCUUUGACUAAAGUGUAUUGUGUUCGGAUAAUUUGUCAUAUUGUCAUGUUGGGGGAGGGAGACUGUAUGCGGUGAAGUUGAAACUAAUGUGACACUUGACAGAUUACAAGAACAUAAACUUAAUCAGCCGCAUAGUGAAGUCAGUAAACAAAUUCAGCUUCAAUAUCCGUUUAGUUUUGAAACCGACGUAUGGAAAAUUGCUGAAUCACAGGGUAAUAAUACAAUCGUUUUGUAUGAGUAAACAAUUGUCAAAUGCAUAUCUUACAAAUAAUAAACCGAUCAGUAUUAAAGCGACUCAUAGGCGAUAAUAUAAAUAAAUAUAAGUCAAAAAUUACCUGUACUAAAAAUAUUUUUAAUUAAACGGUGUACCUACAUACUUUGUUACAUUGUACUGUUUUGUAUAGUUAGUAAUUUAACAAAAUUUGUUGUGUACAAAUGAAUGGAAAACGUGUUACUGUGUGUAACAAGAGAUAAUCCUCUAGUCAUUAUCUAGUCAUCUUUAGUGUCCUGUUGUUAGUCACUUUCAUUUUAUUUUUAUUUUUGUGAUUAUUGUUUAUAAGCAUCAUGUACUAGAUUAUAAUUUUCUUAAAUAAAUGUUGAAAAACUGUA